AUGACGACUAGAGCCAAAAACCUCCUGAACUUAGUGUCACAUCACAAUCACAAUAAACCAAGUUCUGAACCUCAAAAUAAUUAUAUCGGAUCAAAUAUGACGCCAGUAAUAAAAUGUGUGAUUGUACUUUUUUUGGCGGCCGUCACAGCCGGAUUGGAUACGCUUACAGAACACGAAAACCAUUCAGAAAUUACCAAUUCGAGUAUAAUGGCAGCUAAACCAUGGACAUCUACAGCUCGAUUAUCCCCGUACGUUCGCCCAAAACAGUACUUCAUUAAUUUGUACCCAAAUCUUCAAGAAGGUUCAUUUGUUGGUUCAGUUAACAUUACAAUAAUAUUGGACACUGCUCAAAGUUACAUUAAGCUACAUUCAAAAGAAUUGAAGAUCACAGAAACAAAACUCAAUUCUAGUGUUGGAACAGCGUUUUUAUAUCCAGAAAAUGAUUUUUUCGUAGUUGUGCCUAAUGAAGAACUAAGUGCUGGGGAAUACAAAUUACAAAUCUCAUUUGAAGGUAGCUUAUUAGACAAACCAUUUGGUUUUUAUCGAAGCAGUUAUAAUGAUUUAAACAGCCACGAACAACAUUAUAUUGCUAGUUCAAAGUUUGAACCAACUUAUGCUCGGUUAGCGUUUCCAUGUUUUGAUGAGCCUCAGCUGAAAUCAAAAUUUAAAAUAAGUUUAACUCGACCAUCUGGUAAUAACUAUAUAGCAUUAUCUAAUAUGAACCAAGAGUCUGAAGAAAUCAAUGUCCCUACAAAUGGACUGACAACCGUCCAUUUUGCUAACACUGUCCCAAUGUCUACUUAUCUGGCUUGUUUUAUUGUGUGUGAUUAUCAAUCACUUGAACCUGUAAAAGCAGAUCAAGGAUUUCCGUUAACAGUUUAUGCCAAAAGUGGUCAAACCGAAAAUAUAAAAUAUGCUCAACAAGUAGGAAUCAAGGCAAUUAAUUAUUACGUAAAUUAUUUUGGCAUUCAAUACCAAUUACCAAAAUUAGAUCUAAUACCAAUCCCAGAUUUUAUUUCUGGAGCAAUGGAAAAUUGGGGUCUUGUGACAUUUCGUGAAACGAGACUUUUGUAUAAUGAAAGUAUUAGUUCUAUUGAUGACCAAGAGGCAAUCGCUUUAAUUAUUUCUCAUGAAUUGGCUCAUAUGUGGUUUGGAAAUCUUGUUACUAUGAAAUGGUGGAACGACUUAUGGCUUAACGAAGGGUUUGCCACUUUCAUGAAAUAUAAAGCGACCCAAGUUGUCCACCCUGAUUGGGAUGUUGACACAUCGUUUCUAAUUGAAAGACUAUAUUCUGUACAAGAUGAAGAUAGUAAACUUAGUUCUCAAGCUAUAGUGCCGGAUAAGCUAAAAGGAAUAUCCACUAUGUUUAAUCGCAUAUCAUAUUCUAAGGGUUGUUCUGUAUUACGAAUGCUAGAAGGAAUAUUGGGUAAAGAAGUCUUCAGAAUUGGUGUGAGCGCAUAUUUAAAACGUUUUGCAUUUAACAAUGCUGAAACUGAUGAUUUAUGGACAGAAUUACAAACGGUGGUUCAAAAUACAGUCAAUGUUAAAAAGGUUAUGGACACGUGGACACGUCAAGCAGGGUUCCCAGUAGUAUCGGCAAUACGGAAUGGAACUAAACUUACUUUAAAGCAGCAAAGAUUUUUGUCCGAAUUCAACACUAAUUCGUCAAAUGACUCAUCUCCAUUUAAUUACAAAUGGGAAAUACCAAUCACUUAUACCACUUCAACCAAUAAUACUGUAAAUGAGAUUUGGUUAUCCAAAGACGAGGAUUCGUUUAUUAUUGAUAUACCUGAUUCUGAAUGGAUAAAACUAAAUCACAGACAAGUUGGAUAUUACACCAUAAACUAUUCUGAGAGAGAUUGGUGUUUACUUAACAAUUUAUUAGAAAAAAAUGUUGAUGCAUUAAGUGCGGCUGACCGUUCAAAUCUUAUUCAUGAUGCCUUUAGUUUGGCAAAAGCUAACUACUUACCAUAUGACAUUGCGUUAAACACUACAAAAUAUUUAUCCAAGGAACAUCAUUAUAUUCCGUGGGAUGUAGCCGCUACAAACUUACAGACAUUAAGUGAACAUUUAUAUCAACGCCCGGCACAUAAAAACCUUGAAAGAUAUAUACAACAUUUAUUGGAGAAUAUAACAGAAGAUUUAUGGAACGAUUCAAGUGACCGAAACUUAUUACAACGUAAGCUUCGAGCAGUCACUUUCAAAUUAGGAUGUUCGUAUGGUUUACCAAGAUGUCUCACAAAAGCAUAUGAAUUAUUCAAACGAUUUUUGGAUGACAAAAUACAACCACAUCAAGAUAUUAGGUACACAGUUUAUUACUAUGGAAUGUCUAUGGGAAAUGAUAGUGAAUGGAAUAUAUUGUGGGACAUAUUCUUAAAUGAACAAGACCCUGAGGAAAAAGAGAAACUUAGGGAUGCAUUGACAGCCUCAAAAGAAAUAUCAAUAUUACCUAAACUAUUGCAAAAUGCAAAAAAUGAGAGUCAUGUUAGUUCCAAAGAUUAUUUUAAAAUCAUAUCACAGAUAAGCCAUAAUCCUUUUGGAACUCAAUUUGUUUGGGACUUUUUAAGAGACAAUUGGCAGCACUUGGUUGAUCGUUAUUCUCGUGAAAAUUGGAGACUUACAGCACUCAUUGAUUCAGUUUGUUCUCGUUUCAAUACACAAGAACGUAUUGGAGAAAUGAAUAUAUUUUUUGAUAAACAUCCAGUAGCUGUAGACGGAGAUGACGAACGAAAAACUUUACUAGAAGAUGUAUCUAAUAACAUUAAAUGGUUAGAGAAACACGAAGCCGUUAUUAGUAAUUGGUUUAUUAAUAAUGUCAUCUAA